AUGAGCGUAGAUGAACUUCGCGACGCUGCUGAUUAUGUUCUUCGCUCCGUUUGCAUCGAGACACUAACUUUAUCUCCCGGUGAAUAUUCGACACUUGAUACAUAUAAUUUGGAUCCAACGAAGGUAUCUGUGGAUCCACUUUCUCUUCUGGAUGGCAUCAUUCGGCCAACCGAGCCAGCGACGUUACUCUGCCCUCUGAUCGAUUCAGAAGGAAAAUUCAGUGAUGUUGUCGAGUAUAUCAGAGAUGCGGACGAGUUCGGCACCUCAACAGUGUCAAUGUCUUUGAAUAGGUCACCAGCCAGUGACACCACCAGCAUUAAGGGUUCCUCUAGUAAUGUGCCUUUUUAUCCAGGUGGUUUCGACAGUGCCUUUGGCAAUGUUAUGGCAUUUACGGGUAGCGAAGAAACCACUGAAUGUGACGAAAACGCAUUUUUUCGUCGCGAAGAUCUUCUUGUAUGCGCACCUGGUAUGAAGAGAGGGUUGGACCUGGUUUUACCCACGAAAUCGCAAGAAAACAAGGAACCAACUCCUAUCAGCGACGGUUUAGCGAAACAGGGAGAAAUCAAUUUUGACUCAGCUGACUUGUUCGAUCUCAUGGACUUUGUCGGUGGAGGUAGUGCUCGUACUUCUGACACGAGGCUAGAUGUGACGAGCUAUUAG